AUGAGUCCACCGAGCUUCGCCAUACGAGACCUUCUACCGGAAGCCUCGUCCCGAUCCCCGUCGCCCUCGGACGUGGAGCUAGACGUCACGGGAACGGAGACCCCGCCGCCCUGCUCCUCCCGGACCCCGGACGAGAAGAAGAGCGAGAAACCGGCCUACAGCUACAACGCCCUCAUCAUGAUGGCUAUCCGCAGCAGCCCCGAGAAGCGGCUCACCCUCAACGGCAUCUACGAGUACAUCAUGAAGAACUUCCCCUACUACAAGGAGAAUAAGCAGGGUUGGCAGAACUCGAUUCGGCACAAUCUUAGUUUGAACAAGUGUUUCGUGAAAGUGCCGAGGCAUUACGACGACCCGGGUAAGGGGAACUACUGGAUGCUGGACCCGUCCUCCGACGACGUGUUCAUCGGGGGCACGACGGGCAAGCUGAGGCGGCGCUCCACGGCAGCUUCCAGGUCUAGGCUGGCGGCGUUCAAGCGCGGCGCAAUCUUACAUCCUAUGUUCGGCAAUCCCUACGCGUCGCUCGUCGGACUUUACCCCCCCUUGUUAUCGGUGUACGGACGGUACGCUCUCCCCGGUCCGCUGCUACGACUGCCGCCGCCGCCGCCGAACCCCUACCACCAGCUGUACCGGCGGAUCCACGGGUUGGCGCCCUCGGUGAGUCCGCCGGAGGAACCCGACAUAAAGCAUAGUUGA